AACGUACAUUCUUUGUCCCGUACUCGUGGUUUUUCGAUUUGUUUCUCUUAUUUCCGUGAUGCUUAUUACUGUUUCCUAAUGGUAAUUUUAUUAUAAAAAUAUUAUUAAAUUAUAUCUAUUUUCCUACUGUUAAAUAUAUUAUCCAUUUUAUCAAAAUUCAAUACAAUUUUUAAAGAUGUCUGACGAUUUAGUUACAUUUAACGUACGUUAUGAAAAAUCUCUAUUUCAACUGAAAAUAAAAACACCCGAAGAUGUGCUUGGAUUUGUCAAAAAACUGGUAAUCUAAAUUUUACAAUCUUUCAACUCAAUAUAUUAUAUCCAUGGUUAUAUCCGUCAAAUUUUAAAUUUGUUUAUUAUUGAUUUAAAUAUUUAACUGCGAUUCGAUUUGAAUUAUAGACAAUUCUGUCACUCAAAAUUGAGAUAUUAAUCUUUUUUAAAUGGUUCUUUUAAUUAUUUUAUUAGAUAAUAUUUUACAAAAAGCCAUUUGGAACCAUCUAAAAUAUUCUUAUUAUUUUAAGUUUUUUAGGUAUUAAAGUAUUUGUUUAUUUAACCACUCAAUUUUUUAAUUGUUUAUUUGUUCACAACACAAAUGAUUAAUUUAAAAGAGACUUGUUAAUAAUUAGUUAUAACUAGGGCCAGAAAUAUAUGCACUAAAAACAUAUAAAAUAUGCAUACAUUUAUGCACUGAUUAUCAUUAAAAUAUGCAAACAAAAAUGAUUACAAUAACUAGUCCUGACUGAAUCAUCUUAAUCUAGAAGUGAUUCGAUUUUAUAAGAUAACAUAUUCCUUAUGAACCAUAGGUAUUUGUGGAGAAAACCAAUGAACAAUAGUAAAACAAAUGAGUUUGAAAUACUUAGGUAUUUAACUAUAAUGCAAUGAAAAAUCAUAAAAUAAAGAAAUAUACAGUAGCACCCUUGAUUUCAAUUUCUAUACCGUAAUAUAAGAUACAACCAUCCAGAUUGUCUUAGCAGAAAUAUGCAGUAAACAUCAAAAUAUUUAAAAAUAUGCAUUUUAAAACCAUUUAUAUGCAAUACAAAUUUGUAAAAUACUGACAUAUGACACAUUAAAAAUGACAAAAUAUACAAAAUAAAACUUUGGUAAAACUUUUUCAGAUCUAUUAACUAAAAUUUAAACUUGUAGCUUAUCUAGCUAUUUUUUGAACUGUUAAAAUAAAACAUUCAAAUAUAUAUAAAUCAGGGCCCUAGUUAUAACAUUGCCACAAAAUUAAAAACGAGUAAUUUAUUUAUUUAAAUAUGUAAAUGCCCUGAGAGCAGUGGUAAGAGAACAAUAAUUAGUACAAACAAAUAAAGAUGCAAUAUAAAUGGGAAACAUUAAUAUCCCCCAUACUUGAUUCAAUUGUUUAUUUAAAAAAAAAAAUAAUCAAAAGUUUUUUAUAUAAGGAACAAGAUUUGGCUUUGGCAUAAUUUUAUUUUAGUAAAAUUUUUUUUUCUUUUUAUCAAAAAUGUGUUUUAGGUACAUAAGAAUGUAAAAAAUAUACAUAAAAAUAACAUAUAAAAAACAGUAUGUAAGAGCACAUUUUCAAUGUCAUAUAAAUGUCACAUUAAAUGUAGGCUAUGUGUAAUGCGAUCAGUGUUCGUGUAGAUAGCAUAUGACAAGAGUUUCAAAAAUAUAAACAUCAUUGUAAAACCAAUACAUUCAGAAUUAAAAAUACAUUUAACCUUACCUUGUGUAUAGUGUACGUAUAAAUACAUUUUUCACUCAGAACCUAAAAUACCUAAAAAAAAUUUCUGUGAGACCUAACCUAACCUUAUAGUUAUGUAUAGUAUAUACAUCAAAUUAUCCUAUAUACUGUGGAACAGUAUCCAUACAACCAGAAAUAAAUCCUGUUUAUACCACUGGUGAAUAAUAACGCAUGUUUAAUAAAGUAUACCUAGUUUUAUUCAUUAUUAAUACUAUUAAAUUAAUUGUAUUUUUUAGAAAAAUGAAUUACAAGUAGAAGAUGCUGAUGAAAUUAUUUUGUUAUAUCCAACACCCGAAGGAAAAAUGGUAAAAUAAAAAUGAAUAAUGUAAAUUCAUGUAUAAUUUAAUAUUUAUUUAAUGUUAAUGUAAAACUUGCUGUACAGAAUUUUAGUAGAAACUUGAUAAUCAUAGUAAUAUAUGAAUACUUUUUAUUUUAUUUGUUAUAGAUGGAAAUUAAGUCAGAUGCCGAUAUUAACUUUUUAAAGGUAUUUAAAAUCAUUAAAUACGUUAUUUAAAUUAUUACAAUGAUUAUACAUUAGACGAUAUUAUACUGGUAUAAGUAAAGAUGCAUAUUUAUUAUUUUCCCUUAAUUAAUAUAAUUAAAACAAAUACUUUAUUAAAAAAUUAUAUUAUAGCUUUAUUAUAUAGUAUUAUUUUAUAUUUCGAUAUUAAAAAUUAAAUGUACACUACAAUUUUAAAUUAUUCAAAAAAUUAAUUAAUUUAGUUUCUUAUAUAAUAGGUUCUUUUUAUUUUUUUGGUUACUAUUACUGUGCCUAAAUUAAUUCUGUUUUAUUUUAUAUUUUACUUGAACUAUCUAAAGCUUACAGUCAAGUCCUAUUGUUGUGUAUACCCAAAAAUAAAUAAUUCAGUAAUAAGAAAAUUAUAAUUUAUCAAAAAUAUCCGAGAGUUUUUUCAGGAAGUUUAACGAUUUGCAUGGCAGUCUGUUGUUUAAAAUGGCCAAAUGUAAGCUAUUGCCUGAAUUGAGUUGUGUCGUAUUUGUAGUUCAUGCCUUUAAUAAAAUGACAACUAAAUUAUAACAAUAUAUUUAUAUGGAUCCUGUGUUGACUGUAUUGAUUAAUUUAAGUUUAAUUUGAACAGAAAGAUUUGUUUGUACAGCAUAUAAAAUUAAUAACUAAUAUUUAAUAGUUAUAUACAUUACAUAGUAUUUUCUGAGUAAUUUUUUGAGUAUUCAGGUUUUGGUUGAUAAAAAAAAAAAUACAGCUUUUCUACAGUAUUAUCUCUAUACAUGUGUUCCUCUUGCACAAAACCCUAUUAAAACAAAAAAACAAAAAAUGAAUAUUGAGUUAUUAACCUAAGGAUUGACAUUGUAUACCAAUAUAUGAUUUUAAAUCAAUUUGUGUGGUUGGUUGAAUACUAAACAAUUUUAAUGGUCAACACACAAUGGUAAAUUAUUAUAUACAGUCAAUAAGUUAUGCAAACAUAUUUUGGAGUUUCCCGUAAAAUCUAAUGCUGACACUAAACAUAUGGCAUAGUAUAAAAUAUAACUAUACAAAUAAAUGGUUAUUUUAUAAAUAUAAAAAUAUUUCACGAGUGUGUAUGAUGAAAAUUGUAUAAAGUUCAAUGAGAUUUAAAAAUAGUUUUGCAUCAUACAUAUAUUCCAAAUAGAAAUCUUCUUGAAUUUUUGUUAUAAUGUCUAUUCAAAAUAAAACUUGCCUUCAACCUAAAUAAAUCAUAAUAGAUUUUGAGUUAGGUGUAAUGUAUGUAAUCAAUUGAUUUUUGAAUGAAAUCCAGAUAUUUUAAUAUUACUUAUCUUGACUUGUUUAUCUUAUAAACAUUGCUAUCUGUACUACAUUUUUUAUUUUUUAACAUUAUUUGUCACAAAUUUUACAUGUAUUAUGUCAACAUAUGAAGUAUGUUUUAAUAUAUAUAUAUAUUAUAAUAGUUCAUUUGUUGCGAUGAACAUUUUUACUACUCCUUUAUACUAAAAUUACAAUUUUAAUGGAUUAACAAAAAAAUCAUCUUCUUUUUAUGGACCUUUCAGGCCCACUGACAACACAACAUACUGAUUCAAGAAUUUUCUGUUCAAGGUGUUAACCUACAAGAUUUUGAUGUAGACCCACCAUUUCUCCUUCUCUCUAACCCUUAACGUUUUUUCUCCGUUCCUUAAUCCCAAUAUUAUUAGAUCAUCCUUUAUUCUGUCUGCCCAUCUUUGUCUGGGUCAUCCUCUUGGUCUCUUUGUGUUUGGUUUCUACGCGGUUAUUUGUUCAAUUAAUCCUUUUGAUCUCCAUUCAUGGUCAGCCCAACUUAUUCACACACUUUUCAAGGUUCCAACUAUGUUAAGUUUGUUAUAUUGUUUUUCCAGAUUUUUAUUACUUCGUUUUAUAUUUUCUUUCAUUGUUUCUCUUUGGGAGGAAUAUUUUUCUUAAUAUCUUUCUUUCGAACACUUCUAACUUUUUUCAUUUGAUGUUGUCGUGACCCAAGUACUGCUUGCAUAUUGGGUUACUGGUUUGACUAAAAUAUUAUAAUCUAAAGUUAUUUUUAAUUUUUCUUUUGAUGAUCAGUAAAAUUGUGUAGAAGUUUAUAAUAAGUUGAAUAUUAAACAACCCUAUUAUUUGGUUUUAUAAAAUAGUUUAAUAUCAUCAAUUUUAAAAUAAUUUAUAAGUUCACUAAUUACACAAAUAAUCAUAAUAUUCUUUUAUUGUAGAAAACCAAAAUGUGCUAUGAUGCUGUAAAUAAACAAAUUUAUUGCAGUGCAGAACUUGUUGUAAUUCUCCUUAAGAAUCUUUCAGAUGAUUCAAGAGCUCAAAUGAUGGUAAUAUUAAACAUAUAUAACGUAUUUAUAAACAUAUUAUUCAUCACAAUUUUUAUUUUAGAUUUUAUCUAAAAAUGUGGAUCAAUUAGCAUCUCAAUUUACUGAACUAUCACAGUCAAUUGAUGAUAAACUCAAAAAUAAUGCAGCCAAUAUUCUAAAAGAAAUUAAGUCAGUAUUAAUUUAAAUAUAUUUAAAAAUCUAGUUUUAAAUUCUGAGUGGAACGAAAAAGUUAUUAGUUUUACAAUGUUUAUUUAUUUAUUUUUUCUGUGGACAACUUUUUUACCAGCAAUUUUGUUCAGAUUUACAAUGAUAACACUUUUUAUGUAAGGGAAUUGGGGAUUGAGGUGGUACUUUAGAGAGGUAAUUUUUGAUAUUCCUAAUAAAUGGAAAAACAUGAGAAAACUGGUAAAAGACAAAAAUAAAUACAAUGUUAAACAACAAAUAUUAUUAAAGAAAAUGGUUAGUGUAUAUUUUUAUAUUUUACCAUAAUAUGACAUAUAUAUUGCUGACAAUGCAACACUAUCAACCAAAUUCCACUCAGAAUCGUUUUUUUGGUUAGCAGUGGUUAAUAAUUGUUGAUAUACAGAUAUACAUUAAAUUCCUGCCUAUAUUCUGCCUUUCCAACUUCCCACUUGCAACAGUGGCUGUAUUUGACCUCAUUAUCUUAAAGCAGACUUUUUUUUUUUUUAAUUUAAAUAUAGUGUGAUGUUGAAAAAAUAUUUAUUUGUUAUUAUAGAUGCUUGUUUUUUAAGAAUGUGCAGUCUAGUGCUGAUAAUACACCAAAAAUUUAUAACUCAGGUAUAUUAUUUGUGAGAAAUGAAUAUUAGUAUUUACCUAUUUAAUAUUAAAUUUACCUAUUGUUAAUUUAGAGGAACUACAAGAUACUCUUAAACUGAAAAAACUAAAACCCGUUGUUUCACCAAUACCAAAAAUGGAGAAAGUAAAAUUACCCAGUUUUAUCGAUGAUGUAAAGUUUAAAGAUUAUUAUUAUUAUUGUAUUUAUUAAUAGACAGUUAUUUAUUAUUAAAUUAUAUUAUUUUGGUUUUAAAUAUUACAGAAAUUAACUAAUGACUCAAAUCAGCAAGAGAAAUCAAGCACAACUAUUGAUAUUGAUACUUUGUUGGAAAAGUUGAAACAAGAAGGAUUUUCCAACACUAUACAAAAUAUAAUAGCAUUAAAGAGAUUUGAUCAAGAUUAUGAAAAAGUAGUAACUUAUUUAAAAUCAAAUUCAGCUAUAUAAAAUCAAUUGGUUUAUAUUUAUUUUCAUAAUUACAUACAAAUUAUCUUUCUAUAUUUAUAAACAAGAUUUGCUUUCAUUUAUGGUACUCAUUUUUUUUUUUUCUUAAUUACAAACAAAAACUAUGUUUGGUUAAACACUACUUUUUCAUUAUAUUUAUAAUAUACUUGAUAAAUUGAUAUAAAAACUUUUUAUAAAUUUAUUUUAGUAAUACAGGUAUUUAUUUUUUUUUUUAUAUUAUCAUAUCGAUAACUUUUUACUAGUAUUGAAAACAGUAAUAUAUGUUCACACCUUGGUUCCAUCAGUGACAAUUGUGAACCUAGAUUUGGUUUGGUAUUAUAUUUUUGUUUUAUCCAAGUUCUUUAACAUUCCUAUUACAUCCAUCUUGUUCCUGUUCAUCGUUAUUUUUAUAACACAUUGUAUAACUUGUUUAAUUGUAUGUAUUUGAGAAGUAAAUGUCUGCUGACUCUGCCAUUGGCAAAUACAAUCAAAUUUUAUACAAUUUAAAAAAAUAUAAUAAAAAUAUUUUAAUAUGACAUUACUUAUUUAUAAUAUCAAACUUUGUUGAAAUUAUAUUAUAAAUUAUUCUAAAAACUAUUCUGUUUAUAUUUCUUUCUAAAUUACAAAUACAAAAUAAUGUAAUUUGAUAACA